CGCAGUUGCACAAAGGAAUUGAAAGAUAUAAAGCCUAAAUAUAAAAAUAAAAAUGAUAUUUUGGUUUUGUUUUCUUUUUAUGGCAAGGAUGACAGAAGGAGUUGAGUCCAGUAGUUUUAAGAAAACAUCAGUUUAUAGAGACUAUCUGGAUAUUCAACCAUACCCAGUUCAAGUGAAUGACAAACAACUGUGUGCUUUUUUCUGCCUUGCCAACCUUGCCAAGGGUAUUGACUGUUCACUGUUCUUGGUGAGAAAGGAAACAUGUUAUGUUGGAAAACAAUGUAUGAGAGGCCCUGGAUAUUUCUGUGUCUCUAGCAUUGAUAGUCUCAGUGUGGAAGAUCGAGAACGUGUUGAAGAAGGAAUGGGGCUAGACAAAAUGGUGGAAGUGUUUCAAAAUUCAUCAAUUCAAGAGCCUGAAUUCAAAUUGAAAUGUGAGAUCCCGAAGAACCAACCAUAUGGAAAGUUUCAUUGCUACAAUGACAGUGAAAUUGAGAGAUGCUUUCUGAUGUGCAAACCUGGAUAUGUACCAAAGCUGCACACAGGUACUUACUGUAUCUCUAAUACUUGGAGUAGAAAUAUUGAUGAACUGCAAUGUAUUCCUGCAACUACUAUUGUAACUGUAGGAGGAUAUGGCCAGGUAUGAACGUUUAGUGAUUGAAAAAUAAAACCUUUGACUUAAAAAUUGUUUUUGAUCCUCUGCGAGGUAUUAUGGAAUGAACUCACAAAAAAUGGCGGCCCACAUA